GAACGAGCUCAGACCCCUUUGUGUCACACACAUGGAUUAAUAACAGGAUUUUUCCUCCUUUUUCCUUACCAGCGGUGAUUUUUAAACGCGCAGGACAGCCGUGACUGACAUAAUCAAAAUCGCUGACAUACCCACACACACUCUAUCUCUCUCUCUUAUACACACACACACACGCGCGCGCUACGGGUGGUCAUUAAGGGAGAUAGCCUAAUUUUUUAAUUUAACAUUUGGACUCCAUUGAGAGAAAUAAGGUGAAAACACCGGUAACGCAUUCACGCUCCCACGCACGCACGGACUGGACGAUAAACAGGAGGAUUUGAGUCAUUUUUUUUCUUGCUGCUGUGCUGCAAAGUUGGGAAGAAAUCUGAGCACUUGAGUCGUGACAGCAUGGAUGGAUUUGAUGCGUUGUUUGGCGCAUUCGGCGUUCGUCGCCCACCCAGGAUAUUGUGCUGCUGGAAGAUUUUUUUUCUGCUCAGCAUCUUCUUUCACAACUACCUGAGCUCCUUGCUGGACUGUCCGCCCACUUGCACCUGCUCGCCCACAGAAAUUUACUGCAAUAGAUCAGAUGCCAGCAAAUUCUUCCCGCUGUUGUCCUUUCAGAGCACCGGGAGCGCCGGGAACAGUACCGGGAGCAUCCAGGACCUUUUUCAGAACAUCACCUCCAUACACAUUGAGAACUGGACUGAUCUGCAGACCUUGAGGGAUGUUGACAUGGAGCUCUACACUGGCUUACAGAGGCUAACUAUCACAAGAAGCCACCUGGUUACAAUCCAGACUCGUGUUUUCUCCAAGAACCCCCACCUGCGCUAUAUAAACCUGUCCAAGAACCCCAUGUUGACCACAUUGUCCUGGCAGAUAUUUGAACAUCUGCAGCUCUUUGAACUUCAUUUAGAGGAGGUGGUGUUUGCCUGUGGAUGUGAGAUUCGUUGGCUGCAGCUAUGGCAACAGAGAGAAGAGGCAGGGCUCGGCAGCCAACAGUUAUACUGUGCUGAUGGCUACACAGAGGGUAUUAGAAGGAUGGAAGGAAGAAAGAUACUGCUGCAGGAUAUGAACAUCAGCAGUUGUGACCUGCCAGAUAUUAGCGUCAGCCAUAGCAACCUUACUGUUGUCGAGGGUGAUCGAGUAACAGCAAUCUGUAAUGGCUCUGGAUCACCGUUACCUGAGGUGGACUGGCCUGUCAAUGGCUUACACUCCAUCAAUGCACAAGAGGCCAGAGUCUACGACAACAACACCAUUCAUUCCAUCAACAUAACUUUGGUCAAUGUGAGCAGAGACGACAACAACUUCCUGCUAACCUGCACUGCCACCAACAUAGUGGGCAUGACCAAUGCUUCCGUCCAGCUAACUGUUCACUUUCCUCCUUCCAUCGUGAGGCUGAAGGAGCCAGAGCGGCGCCAUGACACAUGCAUAGAGUUCACAGUUCGAGGUUCACCCCACCCCACCUUACGAUGGUUCUACAAAGACAAGGAGAUAUCCCACACUGAGUAUGUGCGUCCUGAUAUGGAUAUUUAUCAGGACUACAUAGAAGGCUGCCUAACCUUUAAAAACCCAACACAUCACAACAAUGGCAACUAUACUUUGGAGGCCAGCAACUACCUCGGUGUAGCCACCAGUACUGUGUACGGACAUUUCCUGGACAAGCCCUUUGAAGGUCCAGACACAGAUUAUGAUUACGUAGUAACACCGACUGCAGAGGCUCACAAACCUGACGAGGAUACUUUUGGGGUCUCUAUAGCAGUAGGCCUGGCAGGGUUUGCCUGUGUGAUGCUGGUGAUUCUCUUCCUUCUCAUCAACAAAUAUGGACGACACUCCAAGUUUGGCAUGAAAGGACCAGUAACAGUGAUAAGCGGUGAGGAAGACUCUGCCAGCCCCCUUCAUCAUGUGAACCAUGGAAUAAUCAGCCCCUGUGCACUGGAUGCAGGGCCUGAUGCUGUGGUGAUUGGAAUGACCAGGAUCCCCAUCAUAGAGAACCCACAGUACUUCAGACAUGGACACAACUGUAACAAACCUGCCACCUAUGUUCAGCAUAUUAAACGGAGGGACAUUAUUUUGAAGCGAGAGCUCGGAGAGGGGGCCUUCGGCAAGGUCUUCCUGGCUGAAUGUUACAACCUGAGCCCCACCAAGGACAAGAUGCUGGUAGCAGUAAAGUGGUUUGCGGACGUGCUGAGGUAUUGCGACUCCGGACACCUCAACAUUCUCAUCCUCCUUGACCUCACAGCAGCCUUCGACACCAUCAAUCACUCCAUCCUUCUCUCCCAACUGGAAUCAUCUCUCCACAUCACCGGCACAGGACUCUCCUGGAUUCACUCCUACCUCACCAACCGACACCAGUUCAUCAGUGUCCCCCAGGGGUCGGUGCUCGGUCCCCUCCUCUUCAUCCUCUACAUGCUCCCCCUUGGCAAGAUCAUCCGUCGUCAUGGCCUCCAGUUCCACUGCUUCGCCGACGACAUCCAACUGUACAUCUCCACCAAAGCCAUCACCAGUAACCCCCACUCCACACUCACCAACUGUCUCACUGAAAUAAAAUCAUGGAUGCAAACAAACUAUCUCCAAGUGAACAGUGACAAAUCAGACAUAAUCAUCACUGACCCCACAUCCCGCACCAAAGCCACCCACAACCUCUGCCUCACCUUCGAUAACUGCACUCUGUCUCCCUCACCACACACCCGUAACCUAGGAAUCAUCUUCGACAGCCUGCUAAGUUUUGACCACCACAUCAAUCACAUCACCAGGACUGCCUUCUUCCACCUCAAGAACAUCGCCCAUCUCCACCCCUCUCUCAUCUUCUCUGCUGCAGAAACCCUCAUCCAUGCAUUUAACACAUCCAGACCGGACUAUUGCAAUAGCAUCCUAUAUGGCUCAUCAUUCAAACUCCUCAAUAAGCUUGAAUAUAUCCAGAACUCCGCUGCCCACCUGCUCACCCACACCCGCUCCCGAGACCACAUCAUCCCGUCUUCCAAAACCUACACUGCUCUACCUGCCACUGCUGAAGCUGAACCCCAGCUCACCGCCCCGGCACCCCGUUUCGCUGCAAGGAUCAACGAAGCCCGCUGGCUGCUGGAGGGAGCCAAGCCCAAGGAGCCCGUGAAGAGCAAGACGGCAGCUGUAGCCCGUUUUACUCCAAAUCCAUCUAUUCGCAGCUCCACCCCUGGCCAUGAUCCCUGGCUUCCAGCAAACAAAAACAGCAGGCGAAAAAAGAAGACACCUCCACGUUCCCCCGUUUCUCCUGGCGUUAUUCCUCUUACUAACCGAUUCAGCCUCCUGGAUGAUCAUGAUUACACUCAGUUACCACCAUCGCAGGGUCCUCCACCACUGCAGCGGCGGGGCUCAUCUCCAUCACCUCCCAGUCGGCAGCGCUCUUCACAGCCACGGAGGCAGCCUCGACAGCCCUGGCGGCCUCGACUGCCCCAGCAGCCCCGGCAGCCCAAUACUUCUGCGGGAAGUAUACCGGUGCACACUGACCAUCGCCGGGUGGGAGGUCACACCAUGCUGCCUAUCCGUUGGAUGCCUCCAGAAAGCAUCAUGUACAGGAAGUUCACCACAGAGAGUGACGUUUGGAGCUUCGGAGUCAUCCUAUGGGAGAUCUUCACUUACGGCAAACAGCCGUGGUUCCAGCUUGCCAAUAAUGAGGUGAUAGAGUGCAUUACUCAGGGCAGGGUACUGGAGCGCCCCAGGCUCUGUCCCAAAGAAGUCUACGAUAUGAUGCUGGGCUGCUGGCAGAGGGAGCCACAACAGCGCCUCAACAUUAAAGACAUUCAGAAGAUGCUGUUCACUCUGAUGAAAGCCACACCAGUCUACCUGGACAUACUGGGAUAG